AUGAUCUCGUUCACAGAUGAGCGCACGUUGCUCUGGAUGGGCCUGGCCAUGUGCAUGGCCGCCAUCACUUAUCUGAGCCUCAGCCAACGACAAAAAGAGAUCGUGUUCGGGAGAUUGAAACUACGAGGUCGACGAGCAUCCAGCGCCAAUACACCACCACGAUCGCUUUCGCCGGAGAAAAAGGAACCGGCGAACUCUCCUCCCAAGUCCUCCGAAUAUGUUAAUACUUUCCCACCUCAAGCCCGAGAUCUGCUUGAGCAAGUCGCCGCUUCUCUUCCGCAUGAUCAUCGCACAGCCAUGGGCGAUCUGAGUUUUGAUGAGAAGAACUGGUCGAAAUCGGUCAUGGGCUUCGAGGAAGAUUUUCGGAAAUGCGAUCCGAACAAGUACGUCUACACUGGGGUCAAAGUUCAAGAAGUUCGUGGUUUAGGCGACUUCCCCGAUUAUUCCACCUUGAGUGGUGUUCCUCUUCCCGAACCAUACCAAGAGCAUGAUAUCACCAAAGCUCUCCCGCGACCAUAUCGCCCAUUCCGGUGGGCCUACCAUCAAACGAUGUCCCUCACCAAGAUGGAACCCGAUUGGUGGCUCGAACUCGAAAAUACCUAUGUUGCACGCAUCACUCAACGCAAGCGCCUCUAUGCCGAACACGGCGAAUCCGUUCUUCAGUGGCUUCCAGGAUCCGAAUUGGCCUGCAAGGAGCUUAUGGAAAUGGCCAUUCAAUUCCUUUGCGCUCGGUACCCUCAAUACUUCCGUCUGCACGAGGACAAGAAAACCUUCGAAAACAAGAUCCUCGGUACCAAACAGGACGUUUCGUCCAAGCAUCCCCUUCUCGUCUUGUUGGAUAAUGUUCCCGAGGAUUUUGCAAUCAUGCUACGUAACCCGGAGACAGGAUAUUACCAUUUCCGUGCGGGAAUGAUUUGUUCCGCCUUGGGAUGGAAUGUUGGUACCAAGAUUGGCAUGCAAUUGCAUCAGAUACAUGCCCCUAUCCCGGAUUACAAGGAGAAGAUGCAAUUCAGCAUGGAUCGAUUCUUCACGAAAAUGCCCGCUCAAAAGCCCAUCCAACGUGGCUCUUGGGGUCUCGAAGUGGACCAGCCACUCUACAUGCCACCCGGGGAUCCGCAUGAGAAAUACCGAGACUUCCAAUCUCCUGAUCUGGAUCUCUCGCGCAUCCACCUGCGCGUUGAUUGGCAAACGCUCCGCCGCCUUCCUCUCUCCGGAGGCGUUGUCUUCAACUUCAAAGCUCUCUUCACACCGGUCACGGAGUUCCGCGAUGAGCCAUACAUCCCGAGUCUCCUUCUCAAGGUGCUCAAGGAGGGUAAGGAGAACCUGAUGAAGUACAAGAACACGUGGCACGUGGAACAUGUGGUCGUGCCGGCCUUGGAGGAGUACGAAAAGGAGCAAAUCGAAAAGGGUAUCGUUGAGAAGGAUUGGGCCCAUCAUACUCUGGAUGAGAGUCCCUGGUUUCCUGGCUGGAAGGAGAAGUGGACCACGCAGCAAGGCUAUGGUUCAUGA